AUCAGAGUGCAGGUGGCAGGGGACAAGGACAAGGCGCCCUCGGAGCUGGGAUCGGAGGUGCAGGUGGCAGGGGGCAAGGACAAGGCGCACUAUCUCGUCGCAAUGGUGGUGCACCACCUCAACAGGUCCUCCAACAUCUCGCUCUACGAGUGCCGCCAGUGGGUUGAGUACUACAAGUAUGCGGGCGUCUCACAUGUCGUGUGGUACGACACCGCUACAGACUCCCGGGAUUCUAUAGAAGCGGCAUGGCGGCCAUACAUCCGGGAUGGCUUCCUCACGCUGCACUCCUUCCGCCACGUCUUCCCCUCCUUCGACCCGCAAGGCGUCGCCUCCAAGGACGACCAGGCGACCCUGCACUUCCUGACCACGCACGGGCCGCAGACGGCCUGGUUUGUGCGCCUGCCAGUCACCUCCUUCCUGUUCGCCCCCGGGGACGUGAAGCCGGGGUUCCUGGACCGGUGUCUGAGGGAGUACGAGGCGCACAGGCAGCAGGCGUCGCAGCUGCUGCUGCAGAUGCUGCACUUCGUGGGGCCUGGCGAGCGCCCGCUCCCUGCUCUGCUCUUGGAGCGAUUCGUGCAUCGCACGGAGCAGACAAGGGGUGCGUCCCUGCAGAAGUUUGCGCAGAUGACUGCAGUGGUGAAGCCGGAUAGCGUGCUUCGUCUGUUCUGGCACCACCCGCAUCACCUGGAGAUGAGCAAGGGGGAUACGGUGGUGCUGCCGGCAGCACUGCUACGCGUGCACUCGUUUGAGAAAGCGGUUACAGGGGAUGGAGUGGAAGGUGAGGAAGCGAUGGCGGAUACAUCUAUGCUUCCAAUUGCAAUUGAGUUGAACCAAAUGCUCAACAAGGACUCGGCUCACUCAUUAGUCGAUCCAACAUUUCCCGCACCCGCCUUGAGCCCCACGUUUGACGCGUCUGACGUCCUGUCGUGCUGCGUGGCGUGCGUGCGUGGCAGUCAAGGCCCAUGGACGUGGCCUCAUCGGUCGAAACAAGCGGCGAAAGCGGUGUCGGGGGAUGACGUUGGGAGGAUACUCUUCGGCAAGCCGUCGCCUCACGAGGAGGAGACUCCCAAGCAGGUGGAGCUGCGGUCUAAGUGGCUGGAAGACAGGAAGCCAGUGACCCGCAGUGGCAGGGCCGCCAAGGAGAAGGCUGCUGCUGCUGCAAGACUGGAGGUGGAGGAGCAGAGGAAGGAGGAAGAUGUGCAGCAGCAGCGGCAACAGCAGCAGCAGCAGCAGAGGCGGCAACAGCAGCAGCAGCAACAACAACACCUGCAGCAGCAGAAGGAUAUAAAAGGACAGAUGAAACCGCAUAUGACGAGUACGCAACAGCAGAAGCAGGAUCAGCAGAAGGACGUGAAAGAUUUGAAAUUGCGUUCAAUGAAUAAACAGCAGCAGCAGCAGCAGCAGCAGCAGCAGGUACAUGAGAGCCCGGGCCAGGAAACGCAGAAACCCCAGUUGAGAAGUCGAGGUUGUCUAGGGCCAAGUCAGAAGGUUCAGAGCGAUUCAGCGAAGCAUUCACCUGUGGACACAGGCAGAGGCAGAGGUAGGGGGAACACAGACAGAG